ACUGCAGCCCUAUUUUUUUGCUCCCUCUAUCCCUCUGCAGCUCCAAGCUCCGCAGCGCCUGGAACCGGAACCUACCGCCGACAACUACGAGGUCGGUACUGGAACCUAACUACCGCCAAGACCGACGAGCUCUCCUCCUCCUUCUUCGUUCUGAGCCCGAGCAGUGAGACAGCAACACACCCAGACCCAGAGCAAUGGAGAUAAAGGAAAACAGAGAAGAAGAGCAGCAGAUUGUGAAUCCUUGGAAGGUGGAGGCCAAAGAAGGCGGCAAAAUUGACUAUGAUAAGCUCAUAGAUCAGUUCGGUUGCCAGAGGAUCGAUCAGUCUCUUGUCGACCGUGUCCGCCGUCUCACCUCACGUACCCCGCACGUUUUCCUCCGUCGUGACGUCUUCUUCGCUCACCGGGACUUUAAUGAGAUUCUGGAUGCUUAUGAGAGAGGAGAGAAGUUCUAUUUGUACACAGGAAGAGGGCCUUCUUCUGAGGCUUUGCAUUUGGGGCAUCUCAUCCCCUUCAUGUUCACCAAAUAUUUGCAAGAUGCCUUCAAGGUCCCUCUCGUUAUACAACUUACCGACGACGAGAAAUGUAUUUGGAAAAAUCUCACAGUUGAAGAAAGCCAGAGACUUGCAAGGGAAAAUGCUAAAGACAUCAUUGCUUGUGGUUUUGACGUAACAAGAACCUUUAUCUUCUCUGAUUUUGAUUAUGUUGGUGGUGCCUUCUACAAGAACAUGGUUAAGGUCGGAAAGUGUGUCACUUAUAAUAAGGUUGUUGGCAUAUUUGGUUUCACUGGUGAAGAUCAUAUAGGAAAAGUUAGUUUUCCUCCUGUACAGGCGGCACCAUCAUUUCCAAGUUCAUUUCCACAUCUCUUCUCUGGCCAAGAUAAUCUUCGUUGUUUAAUACCCUGUGCAAUUGACCAGGAUCCUUAUUUUAGAAUGACCCGAGAUGUUGCUCCACGCAUUGGAUAUCACAAACCUGCUUUAAUCGAGUCUCUAUUCUUCCCUGCCCUACAGGGAGAAACAGGAAAAAUGUCGGCUAGUGAUCCCAAUUCUGCCAUCUAUGUAACUGAUUCUGCAAAGGAUAUUAAGAGCAAGAUAAGCAAGUUUGCAUUUUCAGGGGGACAAGAUACAAUAGAGAAACACAGAGAGUUGGGAGCAAAUCUCGAGGUAGACAUUCCAUAUAAAUAUCUGAGAUUUUUUCUGGAUGAUGACAUCGAGCUUGCUUAUAUAGGAAAGGAGUAUGGUGCAGGUCGAAUGUUGACAGGGGAAGUGAAGCAGAGGCUCAUUCAAGUGUUGACAGAAAUUGUGGAGAGACAUCGUAGGGCUAGAGCUGCUGUCACCGAUGAGAUGGUGGACGCAUUUAUGGCAGUGAGGCCCCUCCCAAACAUGUUCAACUAAAGCCGAGGACAAUGUAUUACUCACAAUCCUUGGAUGAAGUACUGGCUUUGUCUGGUGAUACAAUUACAAUCUUUAGGUAUAGAUAAAGAAGUUUCAUUUUUGAUAAUAUUUUUGUUGACGACUGUAUUCUUGUAACAGUAAAUGUUAGCGAAACUGAAUGCAAGUUGAACACCAUAGUUUUAAGCUUGACUUUGUAUGACAGAUUCAGCAGUGAACUCCAGACGGGGAAAAAGCAUUUUAACAAAGCUCAUUCAGUUCA